CUGCGACAGGGGAUCCGGUAUUACAUUCGCCAAUUUUCCGCUUUUCUCCUCUUCAACAGAAAGCGAAUAAGCUUGUUUCGUCAAAUCCUUGUCCAAUUUGCCGAGACGAGUAUCUGGUGCUUGACUAUCGGCACACAGAUCUACUGGUCCAGUUCGUGGAUCCCAUCACUGCCAAGAUCCUCGAUUGUCGUCAAACGGGUUUGUGCCGAGCGCAACACAAAAGACUACUUUUAGAGAUUGAAAAAGCACAAGACCUUGGUACCGUUGAGAUGUAUCUCCCUUUCCAUGUAUACAACUACUCCGAGUAUUACUCCUACCUACCACCAGAUAAGCUCAGCGCGCUUCUCUACGCCAGUGGUUCUGUCACCCCAGACGAUCCUACGAAUGUGCACAAACACCUCUCGCUCGAGGAGUUCACCUCUUUACCGGCGAAUGUGCAAGAUUUGCUGAAAGAUGUGGACGUGAUACCGCACGCGCGCGGUGGUAAAAUUCUUUCUAGAGAGACUGAAAUUGAGCGGCCCAAAGUACCAAGUCGAUACCAUAUGGAGGAGGAUCACAAGAAACGUGUGGCCAGGAUCCGCAAAUCGCGUACACUCAUCUUAGAAAACCCUUCAGCUUCAUUCCAAAUUGAUUGGAGACAGUGGGGUGACCAUUGUAUACUUUUCUAC